ACAGUACAAUGUAGUACGGAUAACUAGACAGAUUUGUUCGCACAAUUGUGCGGAUAACCACUCUGCGAAGAAAAUCGUGGUUACUUUCAGUUUCGGUUUCGUAUUCUAGCCAGUGUCAGUGUCUUUGGAAGUGUCUCUGGUACUAAGUACUACGUUGGCGUGUGGGUGAGACUGAUCAAACAUGAGUAUGCCGACCAUUACCUUCGACGUACGUGCCCUUAUUUUGUUGUAUAAACAUCGACCAUGUCUGUGGGAUUCAUCGAGUCCAGACUACGAGAGCAAACUCUUGAGGCAGCAAGCCCUUGAAGACAUUCUGAAAAAACUCAGGCACCAGAAUACAAAUGAGAAUAUAUCACUUUUGAAAAAAAAGCUCCAGGUAUUGGAGGAAAUAUACUCAAAACAACUCCGUCAGGUGUUAAAGAGUCAGAAAAAGGAUCCCAACAAUGUGUACAAGCCUAGAUGGAUUCACUUCAAGAGUCUUGAUGAGUUUUUAAAAUCUCAGAGCCUACAGAAGAUUUCUACUCGACCGCGUAAAGCAGCGAUGGCAAAUGACGAAAGGACAGCAACGUCACAGUCUAGAUGGGCUGGUUUUGGUUCCUAUGUUACAAAGUCUCUUGACAUACUUACUCCUGAUGAGUGUGCUGCAGCUGUAAAGGAGAUGGAAGCCAUCAUUAGCAAAUUUGUGUCUAAAAGUCUAGUCCGCACAUAGAGUAUACACAUUGCGAAAAAUGUGAGUAAAUUUAGCUAGAAAAUUGCUCGGCUGCCAAAGUUUGUGACCUCCAAAGCUUGAGCGUCCUUAAAAACUGUACAUUUUUUGUGCCUUUAAUCAACGUUUUCCAGGACAAGCCAGGCGCUCGUCGAAACAAUGAAAUCCAAGAAAUCGGCAAUUUUUGGCAAGUUUUGACAUUUAUAUAAACAUUUUUUUUGUUUUUUGGCCCAACACCUUGUAUGUCCAUUCAAAAACACUAUAAUAUAUGGAUUUUAUGGGAAAAAACAUUGAUUAAAGGCAUGAACGAUGUACAUUUUCAGUUUCCAUGGACUCUCAAGCUAUGAAAUAACUCAAGUUUGGCAGCCAUUUUCCGGCUAAUUUUCUCUGGAACUAGGCGACCCUGCCUCCUUCAAUGGCAAAUAUCUCGGCUUCUAUUCAAGGCAAAUGGAUGUUUUUUUCAUCGAAAGAAAGGCAAAUAAAUAAACUU